AUGUCUUUCAACAAACAGGAUGAUAUGGAGAACCUUCAUCGCACCACAAUGAGGGCAUUCGUCAAUCUUCACGAAGCCUUCAAGCAAUCCACACAAGAAGACAACGGAAUCAAGCUUCAGAUUGACUAUUUCAAGGGUCAAGACAGCACUUUGGCGCAACUGAAAGCUCGUGAAGCUCUCUACGAGCAUGACAUGGAAGUGAUCUCCAGCCAAAAGAGCGUGGUCGAAGCGGCUGCCUCUGCCUGCGAUCCAAAAGGCAAGACCUGGCACUUGUUGACGGCUUUUUCAACUCUUGUUCAGGUGCUGCAGAAAGACCGCCAAAUUCGCCGAAAAACCUUAGAAGUAGGAGUCGAGAUCCUCAAGGCCAUAGAUUCCAUCGAGAAACAAAAAGAACAGCUGAAGAAGGACGAGUUGGCAAUAGCGAGACAUCUCUUGGAGAUCAAACACAAGGAGGAGCAACAGGAGCUCAUCCUGAAUGUCUCAUGGGAUUCGGUGACCGACCAGUUUGGCUUCAUGGGUUAG